AUGUCGCACGAGAAGGAAGAAGGAAGUGAGCUAGCAUGUCGUGGUAUCUUCACGAAGUUUACGAAGAAGCGUCUCAGUUAUAUCGUAGGAUCGAUCGUAGGAUGUUUCGAUAUCUUCGUUUCAGAAGUCGUUUGGCUUGUGGGGUUGAAGAUUUAUAUGUAUGGAGAUAGAAAUGUAAUUGAAUGGUACUUGCAGAUAGGUAACUAA